AUGACCGCCACCAGCCUCGUCAUUUUCGAUUUGGACGGCACGCUCUUCGACCCGUACGCCUCCAUCGAAGAAACAAUCAAGCUCACCUUCUCCUCCUUCCUCCCAUCCACCCCGUCGCCCGCCCCCGCCCAUAACCGCUGGAUCGCCGAGUACCGCCGGCUGUACGCCCAGGAGCACAGCCAAUCGCUCAUCCGUGCCUUCCCCGGGGCCGACCAAGUCUUGGAGCACCUGCGACAGCGUAAGGUCCCCGUCGCUAUCAUUAGCAACAAUGGCGUCCAGGCUGUCCGCGGGGCGCUGCGGAAUGAUGGCCUUGAUGUGUAUGUGCUCGAGGACCUGAUUGUGGGUGAUGAGACGCCCGGUGCAACGAGGAAGCCUGAUGUUGGGAGUUUAACGGACGUGCUGGUGCCGAAGAUGCGUGAUGCUGGGCUGGCUGAUGCGGUUGUUGAUGCGUCUGAGGUGGUGGUGGUUGGGGACACGGUUGCUGAUAUCCAGUUUACUCGUAAUGUUGGGGCUACGGCGUGCUGGGCGCGGUAUGGGUAUGGUGAGCGGGUUCAGUGCGAGGAGCUGAGACCGGAUUUCACGAUUGACAAGCUCAUCGAUGUGAUGACGAUCAUCUAG